CCAUUCGCCGGCGCGGGCGCCGAACGCUUUACUCGCUUAAAGGAUCAUACUUUAAAAUAAUGCUCAAUGUAUAAACGAAACAUAGAUUUUAAGAAAUAGUAAAUUUGUGAAUAAUUUCCCUCAAUAAAUAAUAAAUCAUGGAAACUAUUCAUAAAAUAGUUUGUUGUGUUUUGCUUUUAUGUGCGUGUUUUUCAGAAUUGUCGUGUUUUAAUUUAUCAUAUACAAUUUCUGAUGAAGAUUAUUAUAAAUUACCAGAACUCUUCGCCUUAGACAACUACGAAAAAUGCUUAUCUCAAAAAGAUACAUUUUACUGUGUGGGUACUUUUGAAUUACAUGCAUCACAACCUUCUCAAGUCUUUGACAAAUUAAAGAAACUCACCGAAUACAGUAUUGCAAAUUUUAAUCAUACAAAAAUAUACAGAGGCGUUUGUUUAGGUAGCAUCGGGAAGUGUGCUAUCAAUCAAACAGUGCCGUUGGAAAAGUCUUUUGAACAUUGCAUCGACCAAGAGGUUAGAAAAGAAUUCAGUCUUCGUGCUCAUUUAUUAGAAUUUGAUUAUUGCAAACACCGAGGGGACAAAAGAAAAUUCGAUACAUUAGACCGAAUAUUCAUAUUGUAUAUUUUUUCUAUAUUGCUCUUAAACUUUAUUGGCACGACUUAUGACGUAUGUCACAAGGAUGGAAGGUCAACAGAAAAUUCGUGGGUUAUGGCGUUUUCUCUUCGCAAUAAUUGGAGGAAGUUAACAAAUAAUGUAGACUCGUCUGAACAUACCUUUCAGUGUUUUCAUGGAAUGAGAGCUAUAUUAACAGUAUUAGUACAUUUUGCUCAUACAUUAAUUUGUAUUGUUGCUGGUUUCAUUCCAAAUCCUCGAUUUGUAGAAAUGAUUGGGAACAGACCAGAAUUUGUAAUAUUCUAUAAUGGUACUGUUGUUAUUCAAACCUUUAUCGUGAUGACCAGCUUUUUAAGGACAAUAAAAACGUUCUGGCUCGCUGAUAAGGGAAAACUAAGCUACAGCACUAUCUUGGAGGCUGUUGUGGAUAGGUAUAUUAGAAUAAGCCCAUCUUUUAUGACAGCUGUUGGUCUAUCAGCAACGCUCGUACCCUAUUUAAGCGAUGGUCCACUAUGGAAGAAGCAUGUGGACGGUGAAGCUGAAAUUUGCAGGAACACUUUUUGGCGCCAAUUUUUCCUUGUGCAGAAUCUCUAUCCACCGAGCUGCCAUCCACAGGCAUGGUAUUUAGCCGUGGACUUCCAAGUAUAUAUUUUAACAACUGUUAUUACUGUAUAUUUAGUCCGAAGAAAAGAUAAAAUACUGAAAAUUUUGACACGUCUACUAAUCACAUCAUUGGCAGUAUUGUUUAUUAUAGUUUACUUCCUAGAACUCAAGCCAAGUUUACAGAUCAUGAAACCAGAGAACCUUCUGAAUACCUUCAAGUUCGAAAAGUCUUUUCACCUGCUGUAUCAGUCUUUGUGGGGCAACUUACCUUCGGCCAUCAUUGGGGUACUAACUGCAUGUAUUUACAUGCAUGUUAAAUCUUCGAAAAUUGAUCUGAAAAGCAAUAAGUUAUUCGUCUAUGCAUUUAAGCUGUCUAUACCUGUAGCCUUUGCCUAUGCUUUUUUGGGACUGUUUUUGACGUUUACUAUGUCGUCGCAUUUGACCGUGUCGGCAUAUGCUACCAUCGAUAAACCGACGUAUGCUGUCAUCAUGGCAGUCUUUAUUUUAGGAUGCGUCUUUAAAGUUGACGAUAUAUGCCGCAGUGUCAUAGAAUGGCCCGGAUGGGUAGUGUUAAGUCGCCUAUCUCUUUCUGCUCUACUAAUGCAUGUCAUGGUAAAUAGGGUCUUGGUGGCAAACAGACUCUAUCCUCUUAACGCAUCUAUAGCAAACGUUAUGGCAGACGGAAUCAGCGUGUCAGUACUAACUUUCUUAUUGUCUUUGCCGCUAUGCCUGAUGGUAGAAUACCCAUUUAUACAGCUGUAUAAAAAAGCUACAGAACAAACUAAAUCUCAAAUCGUAGCCAAUGGCAACAGUAGAACAAAAGAUAAUUAAAUUUAUGACGUAGGUACUAGUAAUUCCAGGCGUCACGCGUCAUGGGGUAAUUUAUAUAUGGCCAGGGUAACACAUGCAUUGUUAUAAAGUGGGUAAAUUUAAUUUUUGUAUUGUAGUGGCAUGGCAUAUUUUUAUUAAAAAAUGUUAGUA